AUGGAGAACACUCAAAAGAUAACACGCUCCAAAACAGGUACUCGUAAAGAAGCGGACACCACAUCACAAGCAGCAGCACAAAGCGCAGCCAUAGACGCCACCACGCUAGGGCAAGACAGAUUGGCGACCAAAGGUCCACCAUCUAAGGAAGUGAUAAACCUUCUAGGAAGAAACGCAGGAGAGACACUGCCGAGCGAGACCCAUGACAGCGAGGGAGAGGAAUCUCUCGACCUGAUAACUAAAGUACCGCUCUUGACCGCAGAGACCUUGAAAGAGGUAGUCGACACGACCUCAGUGCUACCUGAACCGAGCGUGGGGGAUCAAAGAUCACACAUAUGGGAGAAGAUCAAAGAAGCGCAAGCUGCGGGAGACACCAUCUUAACAAAGAUCCUUGUGACAGCCUACAAGGAUUUAGAAGACUCAACGUCGACGGAAACGCCAAAAUUAGCUCGCUCAUCAUCCGCGCUGCCGGUUCUAUCGACCGUUGAACCAAAGACGGUCAUCGCAACUUCUGUGACGGUUACGGAGCUUGAAGACAAUCUGGUCUACGCUGUAGGAACAGUUACCAGUCACCAAGAUAUUGGCUUUACGCCGUAUUUCGACGAGAAUAUCAAGAAAUUGAAGGCCCCGUUACCGUUAACGAUCUUCGACAGAGAAUGGCAAAAGAAGGCUAUAGCAGCACACUUAACUAUAAAGCCAUCGAAAUCGUCGGAAGACAAAGCGUACCGCGGCCUAGCCUAUCAUGACGAAUGGACUCAGUCGCAUUCCUCAUGGACAAACAAUCACCGGUCUUUUUACAUAAUGUUACGUGACGUCUACAACAAGAAGCUCUUCGCGGAAAAACUCAGAAUCCAUAAAGAAAACUGCGAUGAGAUCGCGGAUGUGUAUGGCUUUAUGACCGCAUUCAGGUACGAUAUGCAAACACGAAUGAACGCCUUCGCUCACCGGGUACCGUCGAAAGACGGAGCCGCAAUCCCUGACAUUUCCGUGAAACAAAUGGUAGUGGUAGAGCAAUGCUACAGCACAGUAAGAUCGCUUGGAGAAGCGAGUUGGAAAGAUAACAAUUACGCUCCAGGUUUGUCGCACGCCGGUUUCGACCCAGAUACAGGCUUAAGAAGACCAGAUUUCCACAAAUCGGCUUCAUAUCAAUCUAGCUUCAACAAAGAGAAACAACAACAGCCUAACCAUCAAGAAAGAGGACGAGAGAAGCGCUGGUUCAAUGAGAACGCGCAACAAAAUAUGGGCAAUAGGCCCUUCGGUUUCGACAACAGAAAUCCUUAUCAAAAUUUCAACAACAACAACAACAAUCAGAACCAGUUCGACUACGCCAACUACAACCAACAACAUUACAACCAACAUCCUUAUAAUUCACCCUACCAAAACAAUCAAGGUAGCGCUAAUCCAAACCGAGGUUUUGUCGGCGGGAGCAAACGUUUUAAGGGAGCAAACUCCAAUUUUGACUCAGGUGCAAGAGGUGGAGGGAGCAAAGAUGAGCCAAAUGUAACCAAUAAACAAUUAAUUUGGCCUUUGGGCGUGAAAUGUGAAAUGGAUUUGCCAAAAUGGCAGUCAGCACUGGAAUCCGCUGGCCUGCUCCCAGGUUUGAACCAUGUUUUAGAUGGGUUUAAGUUCGGAUUCGAUCAAGGUAUCCCAGAACACAGGUUGGGGUCCUUGCGGUGGUUCACACCCGACAACCAUUCAUCAGCAGAGAAUUCGAGAGAAAAGAUUCAGAAGUCGAUUGAAGAAGAAGUCGCAAACGGAAGAAUGUUCGGACCUUUCUCUCACGAAGAGGUAGCGAGGAGGUUUGACUUUUUUCGAACCAGCCCUCUAGGCUCGGUCGUAAAUGCGGACGGCAAGAUGAGACCGAUCAAUAAUUUGUCAUUCCCUAAGCGAAAUAAAGAGACACCUUCGGUAAACUCUUUCGUAAAUAAGUUGGACUUCUCAACGACCUGGGACGACUUCAGAAUUGUUUCAGAAUUCUUUAGGAACGAUGAAUCACGAUAUGAAUUAGCCCUCUUUGACUGGGCCAAAGCGUAUAGACAAAUUCCCACGCUCGAGUCGCAAUGGCCAUUUUUGAUGGUGAAAGAUUUGAACGGAGGUUUGUACGUCGACACAAGGAUUACCUUCGGGGGGGUAGCAGGAUGUGGCUCUUUCGGGGUACCAGCGGAUGCUUGGAAGCGGAUUAUGGAACACGAAUUUGACGUAGUGAAGAUCUUUCGAUGGGUCGAUGACAAUUUGUUCAUCAAGAAUUUGGGAUCGGCCUGCGACAUGAAAUCCAUCACAUCACGGUCAGUCAGUUUAGGCGUAGCUACGAGCGAAGAAAAAAGCACCAUGUUCGCCAGUGAACAGAAGUUUAUAGGUUUUAUUUGGAACGGCACGGAGAAAACGGUCCGACUGACAGAGAAGAAACUUCAAGAACGGAAGGGUCAGAUCUUGGCAUUCCUAGUAAAAGGAGCCAUGUUCAAGUUCAACGACGCGGAAGUGCUAGCGGGACGCUUAAAUCACGUUUCUUUCCUUUUACCCCAACUUUGUUGCUACAUAAGAAGCGUCUACAGGUGGAUGAAUCAAUGGAAGAAGCGAUGGGCAACCAGAGAAAUCCCUGAAGAUGUAUGCGACGAUCUUCAGUUUUGGUUAGAUACUCUGAACAAUUACACACACACGAGACUUUGCCCAGUGACGACACCAAUCGAGAUCGGGUGGGUAGGAGACGCAUCCACUAGUUACGGAAUCGGUGUCCUGAUAGGAGAAAGAUGGUCGCAAUUAAAGCUGAAACCAGAGUGGAAAGAAGCUGUCCCUCCGAGAGGAAUCGCGUGGCUAGAAACAGUAGCCAUACGGAUAGGAAUACUUAUGCUACAAGCAAUAAGACCCGGUUUAGAGGGUAAUAAUUUCAUCGUCUAUACAGACAACACGACGACGGAAAGCGUCCUGCGGUCGAGGAAAUCAAAGGACUAUCACUCAAACCUCGAAUGGAAAGAAAUACAGCGGUUGCUGAUUGGGCUCAAAGUAGACAUAACCCCUAAAAGGGUUAUCUCGAGGGAAAAUUCGGCAGACGGGCUGUCGAGAGGGGUCGUUGCGCCACACACGCCUGCAAACAGGGUAACCUUCCCGAUCCCACCGUUAUUAACAUUCCUGAAGACAUUUAUUUGCGAUUCUCUUUGCUACAAAUUCAAUAUGAUUUCCACGUCGACAAACAUGAUACAUUUAAAUAAAAUUGAAGCGUUCACAAAAGACGGAUCCACACUCCGACUCCCGUCGAGGGCAGACCUGCACAUACUCCACAGUUGGAAGCCGACGACGUUGUUAGGUUACAACAGCGCGGUGAAAAAGUUCAUCGCGUUCCAGAAAUCAGAAAACGUGUUAAGGUUUUCCUUACCUAUUGACGAAACGACAUUAGAAAACUUCUGCAUCUGGGCCGGUCGAAACUCGGUAUCCUCCAACGCCGGAAAGAUUUCCGCCACAUCGCUGCGGAAAUACCUAGCUGGCCUGAGGGCGUGGCAUACAUACCAUAACAAGGCUUUCCCUGUCUCUAACGAUACGAGGAUAAAUCUCAUAUUGAAGGCCUCGUCGCAAGAAGACGAACUCACAACGAAAGCGAGCCGGAAGUUGCCUGUCAUGCUGUGGCAUAUGAUACACCUAUGGACGACCCUGAGAGGGGGAGAUGAUUUCGAUAAGGCAAUCCUGGACCUGUUCAUCGUCGCGUUUUGGGGGUUGGCGCGACUGGCAGAACUCACGUAUUCCUCAAAGACAGGCAAGAUUAACUUCGCAGAGUCAGUCCUGUCGACAGACGUGUUCUUUACGACUUGCGAACGAGGCGAGGCGGUGACACUCACGGUGAGAAACGCAAAGACAGGCGCGCCAGGCGCCCCACAAAUAAUCACUCUCGGAGAGCAGAGGCACGCACUCUGCCCGGUUCUCGCGGUGCGACGCCGGAUUUCAGCAGCAGAGGGAAAACGUACCUCUCUUUUCGGAUAUAACGCCGUCGACGGCCGCCGACACGUGACGAGACGGGAGGCAGUCACCCGCCUGAGAGAAGUCUUGUCUUUAGGAGAUUAUCACGGCCUAGGCGGCCACUCCUUCAGGGUAGGCGGAGCUUCCUUACGAGCUGCUCUGGGGAUGUCGCGGGUGGACCUAUGCACUCUGGGCAGAUGGAAAUCAGACUGCUAUAAGUUGUACGUUCGGCCCUAUAGUGCUGAAGAGUUAUCACAAACACGCACACGACUCCGGACUUUGCGGGUGAAUUGGAAGAAGAUGG